AUGAGACAGGAACGCGCUACCCUUCCGACACCCACGUCGUCCGACUCCUUCUGGCAUAGCGAGCCAAACGAGUAUCUUAUCGGUCAUCGCACAACGGAAAACUUGCCCGCCGAGGCUGACAUCGUCAUUGUGGGCUCUGGUAUUACGGGUGCAAGUACGGCUAGAUACCUUGCAGAGGAUGAAAGGGCCAAUGGCAAGAGCAUCGUAAUGCUCGAGGCGAGAGAAGCGUGUUGGGGUGCUACUGGUAGGAACGGUGGACACUGUCAGCCCCUCUUGUUCGACAGAUCCAGCGAUGUAGCCAGAUUCGAACUUAAGAAUGUUGCUGCAGUACGAUUCUACAUACAAGAUAACAAUGUGCCAUGUGAAUGGCGGGACGUGACCGGCUGUCGGACUUUUUGGAAUCAGGCGGCACUAAAGGAGGUUGAGAAUGAGCUCCGGCAUCUUCGCAACGUUGCGCCUGAGAUAGCCGCAAAGGUGACAGUGAUCAAGGACAAGGAGGAACUCAAGAAGCAUCGCGUCGCGCCUGACUGCCUUGCGGCGACUUUGAGUGAAGGAGCAGCGAGUUUGUGGCCAUACAAGCUGGUCACAUUCAUUCUACAAAAGCUCGUGCAAGACGGUCGAGUAAAUCUCCAGACCAAGACCCCUGUUACAAAUAUCACAACUUCCGAGGGUAAACAUACACUACACACACCUCGUGGUACCAUCAGCAGCAAGACUGUCAUUCUGGCAACGAAUGGCUACACAUCGGCUCUCCUACCCCACUUUGCGGAUCUCAUCGUCCCAUGCCGCGGUGAGAUGUCCGCCCUGUUCCCGCCAGAGGGCUCGACACUCCUUCCAAACUCCUACGGUAUGGUUGCUGCGCUCGGCCAGCCUGCUCACAAUGACGAUUACCUUGUCCAGAGACCAUUUGAGGGUGUGCCAAACCCUGCCGGUCACCUCAUGUUUGGUGGCGGCCGCGGAGCUGGAAACUACCCAAGUCUAGGCAUCUCGGACGACAGCUUUAUCGACGAGGGAUCUGCCGCCUAUCUCCGAGGCGCUCUGCUCAAGGUACUCGAACUCGACGGCAAGACUGAAGGUCUCAAAGAACUGAAGGCUGCUGCUCAAUGGACUGGUAUCAUGGGCUACUCCCGUGACAAUCACCCAUGGGUUGGAAAGGUCCCAGACAGAGACGGCUUGUGGCUUUGCGGUGGAUACACCGGCCAUGGCAUGCCAAACGGUACACUGUGUGGAAAGGCAAUUGUGGACAUGGUACUUGCAGAGAUUGGUGGACAAGACGUUGGCGCAGUGCAGGCGCAGAUGAUACAACGGGGCGAUAUUCCGAAGAGCUACAUUCUUACCAAGGAGAGGAUUGAUAAGACCAGGCGGAUGCUGACGGUACAUCAGCAGGAAGAGCAGGGUGUGCAUAUGAAUGGUGUUGUGUAG